AUGAGGAACACAGGGGUUAGCGAGUUUCAAGGCGCUCACAUUAUACCGCCGCCUCCGGAACGCUUUCAAAGAUCGCCGAGGUACUGCGCCACCAAAUCCAUGACUCCGAUGAACAUCCUGUGGGAAAGCUUGCGGAACACGACAGAACUGGGCAAAAGAGUGAUCACAAAAAACAAAAUGCACACGAUGAAGAAAAUGAGUGCCUUUUCGAAGGACAAGCUGACUCAGAUCAUCGCUCAUGCGACGGGCUGUGUCUCCCAGGGCGGCGAUCGGUUCCUCAACGCCAAGAGAGGGCUUACCAAGCACGCGUGCUUUAAAGAAGCAGUGAGCCACUUCGACUCGCGUUGCUUCGAGGUGCCGCAGAAUCUAUAUGUUGUGAAGUACCUCAGAUUGUUCAUCAACCUAAGCGAGGAGGGUGUUUCCACUCAAGACUUGUGGAGGGCGAUGAAUCAGGCGCGUACUCGUCCAAGGAUCGUCGGAAUUUCUUAG